CCCUUCAACGUCGGAGACUCUGAGCUGACGUCAGUGAGAGAGAGCGGCCCACUGGUGGUGGGCUGGAGCUGCUGCUGAUAUGUGGAGUGAUCGCUGAAGAGGACCCAGUCCGACCUUGUCUGACUCACAGCCCCGCGUCUGCUCGGCUUGUAGCGGGGUUAAUAUCCGUUGAGCCGCCGUGGAUCCCCCUUCAGGCGCGCACAACUUUGACUUUCAUUCAUAUAUUUUUCUAAUCGCUGCUCAUCUACGCCUGGGGGAUGUGCACGGGAACAAGCAAACUACUCCAAGCUCUUCCGCAUAUUGGAUCUCUCCCCAGCAGUGUCCCUGCAAGGAUUCGGGAAAAGAAGGCUCCUGCUCAAACGGAACCGGGGAUUUUUUUUUUUUUUUUUUUUUUUUUUUGAGAUCCAAAUCAGUUUUUUUAUUUUUGUCUCAAAUUAAUUUUCUGAGUUCAUUAAAUUUUUUAUUUUUUUUUCGCCUGUAGAGUGGAAUAAUUAAUUGCGUUGCUUAGAUCUCAACAUAAACCCAGAUUUAGACGAGGCUUUGCAGUGGGGUUGAACAGCACCGCACAAUUUCGAUCAGAAUGCAUUCUAUUUAGGGCACGCUCUGAUUUUACACCAAGUGUCACAUUUAGGGAUGGCGAACGACUACAACCGCAAUAUUGUGGAAAACUACAUCUGCCAUAAACUCUCCAAAAGGGGAUACGUGUGGGGAUUUAACGGAGUUCCGGACGACGACGCUGCUGCUAAUAACGGAGGUUUAGGUGACCAUUCACCGACUUUGGUUCGGCGCUGCCACGAUGCAGGACCGGGGCCCGACAGCGACAGCGACCCCCACCGCCUCUGCAGGCGGAUCUCGCAGUCCGACCCGUACGCAGACAUCCACCGGGUCCUGCGCGACGCCGGGGACGAACUCGAGAAACUGUACCAGUUGGACUUCGUGGAGAUGUCGCAGCAGCUGUACCUCACCAGAGACACGGCGAGGACGAGGUUCGCCGAGGUCAUAAACGAACUGUUCCGGGACGGCGUGAACUGGGGUCGGAUUAUCGCUUUCUUCGAGUUCGGAAGCACGGUGUGCGUGGAGUGCGCGUCCAAAGAGGAGAUGACGUCGCAGGUGGACAACAUCGCGGAGUGGAUGACGGAAUAUUUAAAUGGACCCCUUGACAGCUGGAUACAAGAUAACGGGGGAUGGGAUGCGUUUGUGGAACUGUACGACAGACAAAAGGAGUCGGUCUUCAGCUGCUACUGGCCGUCCAUCAAGACUGUCUUUGGCCUGGCUGCGCUCGGAGCGGCCAGCGUCACCAUCGGAGCGUACCUUGCACAAAAGUGAACAGUAUCUCUCUCUCUCUCUCCAUCUCCUGACUCCUCCAGGCUCAACUUUAUUUCUCAGCACCGUCCUCCUCCUCCUCCUCCUCCUUUUUUGUUUUUAUUUCUUGCGCCUCCUGUUUUCAAAGAUGCCCCUGACCCCCUCAGAGACAACCUUCAGACUGAUUCUGGCCCUCUUCAAAGCCUCUUCUGUGAACGCUUCUUUUCCUCAUGCCCCCUUCUGUCAGAACAGACACGAAUCAAAAAAACAGCAGAGGGAACCAGAGGCGCGGUCCGUAGACGCGUUGGAGGAGCAAGAAAACCAAGCUGACUGCGGCUGAGGAGGAACGAGGAAUGCACGUCUUUUUAUUUCAUUUCUUGCCUGCUUCUGUACUAGUUUAUUGCAUGAACGUUUGAAUGGUAGAGUAUAGACACAAGCAAGGUGUGYGGAAGUGUGGGACCUGUGUUAGGAGGGCUCGGUGAUGAAGACGCAGCAGACCCCAACCCCUCCCCCCCCAACCUUGCUAUAGGAUGAAGGACCCUGUCUGAGCUGCGGACUCCAGUUACCUCCCUACAGCCGUCCUUCAAAGAACUUCUGCAGAACAGCUGCUCAGAGUGUGUAAUGGAAACAGCUCACUGCAGCCAGCACAGCAUGUGUCUACUGUUUUCACUUCUCACACAGCUCAGGUGAACACAUUGCACCACUAUUACUCUCUCUCUCUCUCUCUCUCUCUCUCUCUUUCUCUCUCUCUUUCUCUCUCUCUCUUUCUCUCUCUGGGUCUGUAAUGGAGGAAAAGGAAGCCUGAGCUCAGCUCAGCUGAAAGCUCCUUGAUUUUUGUGCUGGGUUUUUAUUUUUCUUGCAUGCCAAACCAAAUAAGGAGGUGUGCGUGCGUGUUUGUGUGUGUGUGUGUUUUCAAGGAGCAUAAAAUAAAGCGUGACGGUAUGUUGCCGARUGUCCUGAGGGAAACGUGCAGCCGAGCGCACAGAGAGAAUCAGUUAGAGGUACAAUAAAUGUUGCUUUCUUGGGCCUCCGAUGUCUAACCAGACAAUUUUAAGAGCUCAUUCYCUCAAGCGGUGUAAUGUGAAGUAGACCACCCGCUCUGUUAGAGUUAUAGCUUUACUAUUAGCACAAACAACUCUAAGAGUUUUGUGACUGCUCGUGGUUCUCCUCACAGAGUCCUCUCGGGGUCCGAUUGUCUGGUCCGGUCUCGCCCAGGUUUYAGGCGACACGUGUGUCCCCCCCAGUUGCUGCCGCCCCGCAGUAACUCAAUAAUGAAUCCGUUCUGACACAGACAGCUGUUGACGUGGACUGACUGAGAAAUGUUCUCGCGUGGCCACAUGUGACUGGGCGGAAAUCAAGUCAGCAGCAUUUCGGUCGUGGACUCCUGGUCGUUGGAACCUGAGCUGUUUCCCCCCACCGCCCCCCUUUUUCUGUCCGUCCUCCGAAAGCAUCCGGGGGAUUGAUUUUUAUUCCUUUCAGCCUGUUUUAUUGAUGUUCGUCUUGUGUUGCAGUCUGAUGGAAAAUUCCAAGUCCCCAAAAUAUUUUGGUUGGACGCGUCUUCCCAGCCUUUUAAUGGAGUGGGAAUUUCAAUUUUCUGUCUUAGAAAAUCUCCAGUUUCUUUGUUGCAUGGAUGAAAGUCAACCGUAACACAAUAGAUGCCCAUGAUGUGUAACUGUAUUUAUAAUACGACAGGCUAUAGAGAAGAAAUAACAAUGAAUAAAGCUACAUUUCUUUAAUUUAUUUCAAGGUACAAGAUUACAGACUUUCAGAAUAAAACUAGUCACUUUUAUUUUCCUUUUUCUAUGGAAUCACACUGUAAACUACAUAGUUUCCUGGCUGCUAAUAUAACAAAGUGUAGAAAUUAAUCUUUGUGUUGCGUUGAUGUCGGCUUCGAGGCUGCUAUACUGUCAAGAUUAAAACUAUUCCUCACAGCUUAAACUGCCACAACUUCACAGUAUACAUGUGUAGAGAGCUGGAAACCAAAGUAAACUUGUACUGGUCUUUAAUUUAAAACGUAUCUGACAGAGAAUACUGUGUGCCGUGCAAAACUUUUUUCACAUUUUGUCAGAAUAAAGUCAGUUUUUUUUUUUUUUUUUUUUGUGGGAUUUUAUGGGAUAGACCAAGACAGAGUAGUGCAGAACAGGAUAUGUAACAUUUAAAAAAAGAAAAGAAAAAGAAUAAUCUAAACUGCGGUGUGUGUGAAAUUAAACUCCUUUUACUCUGAUGCCAACAAAUAAAAUACAGUGUAAUGUCAGCAGCUGUUCUGUGAACAAACAUCACGSAAAUCAAGAAACACACCAGAUAGGUCAAAGGUUAAAAUGUGGAGCACUUUUAAGCACGGUUAGCUUAUAAGACAGCAUUCAAAGCACUGAACGCAUCAUAAAGCACUUCGCAGUUCAUCAUCUGAAAACAGAAGGAGUUUGACGUGARUGCAAACCUACAAAGAUAUGGAAGAGCAUUAAGCAGGAAGGCACUGAAGAGGCUCACUGUGUGUAAGAGCUGCCGUCAGAGCAUCUGUUAGCUGUCCAUGCUAAAAACGCUGCCUUUGAGGUAGAGUGGCAAGUCAAAAGUCACUGUUGUAAGUAAGCCAUGAGAAAUUGUGUGUAAAGUUCUGCUGCGUACAGGAAACGGAAAACAUGCGGAAGAUGAGACCAAAACUWAACUUCAACAGCAUGUGACAGAAAAUGCACAUCAUCUUUUCUUUGUCAAGCUACAGGUGAAGCUACUUGGAGUUGAUGGCAAGCUGGAUGGAGCUAGUGUAUAUCAAUCCUGGAGGAAAGCAGGUUAAUACCGGGUCAGAMGUUCACUCUCCAGCAGAACGGCGACACUAAAAGUUGCAGUCAGACCUGGGAUGAAAUAGUUUAGGUCAUGCAAGACGCUAUGACGUCAAAACAAUAGCAUUAAACAUCAGAGUGGAAAUGUUAUCCCCACGGUGAAACAUGCCGGGGUCGCUGCAUCUGUACUAAGGUUCUUUGACUGAGCUUGAGCUAUGUUAAAAAAGGAUAAAUGGCCAAAUAGUAAGAUUUUACAUGUGGAAAGCUGGUAGAGAAACAAGCUGAAAAGUACCUAUUACUGCUGGGGAAUACAAAUGCACAGGACGCUUUGAAAGCCAUGCAUCAAUUUUCCUCCACUUCCCAAUUAUGCUCUACUGUGUGUUGGUCUGUCACACAAAAUCCCAAUAAAAUCCAUAGAAGUUUGUGGCUGUAAUUUUGUCAGAAUGUGAAAAAAUAAUAACAAUAAUAAUUCAACGCAUAGGAAUGCUUUUUGCAAGGCAGUGUGUCUUCAGUUCACUGAGAGGUUUCUGUGUAGUGUAACUGUACUAUAGCCGCUUCACUUUCAUCAGCUUCGUGCUCACACAAUAACUAAUGUGUAAAAUGUCAAAUGCCAGACCUAAACCUCCUCCUUUUUAACCGCCACGGCUCACAGAGUGAUGCGUGUGUUUGUAUGAGACAGAGGGCGAUUCCUGCGCAGGAAUAGGAAGAACUUUAACAGCAAUAUACUGUAAUUUUUAUAACCUCUGUGCAUAUAUGAAUGUAGCACUCUUGUCGCUGUCCUGUUUCAUUGUCUAUAAUCUAUACAAAAAAAAAAAACCUGUAGCACUUAUUAAAAGAGAAAGUGAAUCGUGUUCCUGUUGUUUACUGCUAUAUCCACAAUAAGCUAGUGGGAUCAUAUUGUUCCUAAUAAAUCAGAUUUCUCCAGCAGAUGCGGUCUCGA